UACGAAGAGAGAACCGGGAGGAACCAAGUUUCUGCCCGGCUCUUUCCGCCUGCGCCGUAGUUUCCGCAGGGGCCUGGUUGGAAGUUACACCACCCCGCCUGCCGGUCGGAGUGGGAUGGCGGAGGCGCCGUCCGGGUGUCUAAGUGCCCUGCCUGGGGCUCAGCCUCAGCGCCUCUGCGGGCGGCCGGAGCCCCAGCGUGGGAAUCAGCUCCGUAGGAAGCGUAGAACUGGCUCCUGUCGCCUUAUUGGGAAGGGAAAGCCAUAUGCUCUCUCCAUAGAAGUCAGAGGAAGAUGCCCAAACUUAAGAGCUUUGAGUUCUGGAAAAAUACACUGCAAGGUGCCCGUUUUGUGGUUGCACCUAUGGUGGAUCAAAGUGAACUUGCCUGGAGACUGUUAAGCCGCCGCCAUGGAGCCCAGCUGUGUUACACUCCUAUGCUACAUGCUCAGGUCUUUGUCAGAGAUGCCAAUUAUCGCAAGGAAAAUUUGUAUUGUGAUGUGUGCGCUGAAGAUAGACCUUUGAUCGUGCAGUUCUGUGCCAAUGACCCAGAAGUGUUCGUCCAGGCUGCCUUGCUGGCUCAAGAUUACUGUGAUGCUAUUGACCUGAAUUUGGGGUGUCCACAGAUGAUUGCAAAGAGAGGUCACUAUGGAGCAUUCCUGCAGGAGGAGUGGGACCUUCUUCAGAGAAUGAUUAUAUUGGCUAAUGAGAAGCUCUCUGUUCCAAUCACGUGCAAAAUCCGUGUUUUCCCAGAAAUUGGCAAGACUGUGAAAUAUGCCCAGUUGCUGGAGGAGGCUGGUUGCCAACUCUUGACUGUCCAUGGUCGUACUAAAGAACAGAAGGGACCUCUUGCUGGUGUGGCCUCUUGGGAACAUAUACAGGCUGUGAGAAAGGCUGUAAACAUCCCUGUGUUUGCAAAUGGAAACAUCCAGUACCUCAGUGAUGUGGAACAGUGUAUGCAGAAGACAGGAGUUCAGGGGGUCAUGAGUGCAGAGGGCAAUCUUCAUAAUCCAGCUUUAUUUGAGGGAAGAAACCCUGUAGUCUGGGAGAUGGCUGAGGAAUACCUGGAAAUAGUACAGCAGUAUCCUUGCCCACUGUCCUAUGUCAGGGCUCAUCUCUUCAAGCUUUGGCAUCACACGCUGCAAGUUCAUCAGCAGCUGCGUGAUGAAUUGGCUAAAGUGAAGACACUGGUAGGACUUGUGGCUGUCAACAGAGAGCUGAAGUUGCAUUGCCAGGAAGAAAUAGCCAGUCUGAAGGAAGAAGAGAAGCCAAAGGGAGGAUUGCCUUUCUUCCACUGGAUCUGUCAACCGUACGUCAGGCCAGGGCCCAAAGAGACAUGCAAGGAAAAUGGCACUAGUGGGAUGGAAGGAAAUGCCCGGGGGAAACGAGCUCUGGAGGAUGAGGAUGAUGGGAACUCAGAUUCUCUCUCCAAGAACAAACAAAAGAAGAAAUUGAGAAAUCCCAAUAAAAGCUUUGAUCCAUCUUUAAAACCUAAAUAUGCAAAAUGUGAUCAGUGUGGAAACCCAAAGGGUAACAAGUGUGUGUUUAAUCUGUGCCGAGGAUGCUGUAAGAAAAGGGCUUUUAGAGAAACUGCAGAUUGUCCAGGCCAUGGUCUGCUUUUUAAAACCAAAUAUGAGAAGUCCCUUUUGUGGAAAAGUGGUCAGUCCAGUCUGAAGAAUAUUGAAGUAACAGCACAGAAAGCAGAGGCAGAGGAGACUAUAUUGCUCAAAGAAGCUAUCGAUGGGGCAGCAUGAGGUCUUGGAAACCCUCGUUCUCCUGGAUCUGCUCACAGGCCUCUGUCUCCCUGGGCCAAAGACAUCUCUGCUUCCAGUACACAGCAGUUGUCUGAAAUGACACUGCAGACCUGUUCUUAAAUGGUAGACAAGUCUUAUUUAAGAAAAAGUGUCUUACUCAGGGAAAUAUCCUGUGAUGGGAAAUAAAAGGAUGCAGUGAAAGCUUUCCAUGCUGUGUUUGAGAGACUUCAAAGGACUGAGCCAGAAGCCCUGGCCUUAAAAUGCUGCAUUGGAAACACCUCUAAAGUUAUGACCUGCCUGUUUUAAACGAUGUGUGUGAUUUUAAAACUGGCGAAUAAAUCUUUUAUACGAGA